AUGGUGACUGAUUCUGAAGAUGGUGGCAUUGCAGACAGCGAAAAGCAAGCCGCCGUUUAUGCCCAAAACAGUCUCCUUUUCCUUCCCGAUGAUGUGCUGUUGAAGAUCCUGUUGAACCUCUCUGCUCAAGACAUUUAUUACACGGCGAGUCGUGUCUGCCGGAGGCUAUAUUACCACAUGAUCCGAUCCGAGGAAUUCGUAAACCUCCACCUUCGGCAAACUGAGGAAUAUGGCCUCUUGUUCCGAUUCAUUUAUGCCCCAAGAGUUGAGCUUAUUAAUAGUGAUAAACAUUCCUCCCAACGCAAGGUUUUCGUGUCUAUGAAGCAGGGGCGUGUGACAGUAUCCAAUUACUACUACGCUUACAAAUCCCUAUUCAACAGUGGUAGGCCUCAUCGCGGAGUACAAUUGUCAAGUACCCUCGUCUGGCGUCCUCGUGGCCAACCCCGUCACGGGACGAGCCUUCCGACUCCCUCCUCUCCCCGAAAACGCAAACUUUAUGCGUUCUUGCGUGGGGUCGUGGAGGCAUCUUGCAACCGACCAUUGGGCUGGGUCUACCCUCGGCCAACUUCUCGCACUGAGGGUUUUAUCCAUUUGAUUUAUGGGGACAUUGUCCUGACGCUGAAUGUGGUGACGGAGGUUAUGACCGAGACGCGGGCCCCAGGAUUCCCUGUGUAUCCUCCCAAGUACAUGAAGUGGUACCUAUCAACUGGGAAAGCCCUCACUGUAGUGGCUAAAGUUGGGGAUGGCGUGUUUCGAGUUUGGGAGUUGGUGUCUGGGGAUUAUAGUAAUUAUUGGAGGGAAUGGGAAAGUCAGAUUUUGUUGGGGAGUGAAUUUCAUGAUUUGUUUCAUAUUCAGCCGGUCGGUUGGUUGCAGCAGAUGGAGGUGUUGGUGUUUAGUGUGUCGUCAGGUGUUCCGAUGUUUUCUACGUGGUUAUUGCUACCGGGGAAACAGGAUGGAUCACCCCCAUAUCAAAAGGGUUGGUUGGGGAAUUUUAUAGAAUUUUUGGUCCAGUUUUUCCUCACAAAAACACCCUUGUGCAGUUGGAGGGGUACUAUUAAACCCAUUUACUAUCAUGCUCAUUUCUUGUUUAUGUUGUCAAUCUUCCGCCGGCAGUCGUCGUCUCCACCUUCGUCUGGCGAUGUUGAAGCAGAGGGCAUUGCAGACGGCGAAAAGCAAGCCGCCGUUUAUUCCCAAAUCAAUCUCCUUUCCCUUCCUGAUGAUCUGCUCUGGAAGAUCCUGUUGAACCUCUCUGCUCAAGACAUUUACAGAGCAAGUCUCGUCUGCCGGAGCCUCUACUACCACACGAUCCGAUCCGAGGAAUUUGUAAACCUCCACCUCUGGCAAACUGACGAAUACGGCCUCUUCUUCCGAUUCAUUUAUGCCCCGACACGUGAGCUUAUUGAUAAUUAUCGACAUUACUCCCGACGCAUUGUUUUCGUGUCUAUGAAACAGGGUCGUGUCAUGGUAUCCGACUACUACUAUCCUUACAAACCCAAUCUUAUGUUAGAGACUAGCUGCAACGGCCUCAUCCCUGAUUACAUAUAUUACGAUACCUUGUCCGGUGUCCACUUGGCCAACCCUGUGAUGGGACGAGCCUUCCAACUCCCUCCGCUCCCGGAAAAUGCAAUGUCAAUGAAAUGCUGCGUGGGGUACGCGGAGGCCUCAAACGCGUACAAGGUGGCCCUGGCAUACACGGUUGGGAUAAAGAGAUGGGACGCGAGGCGGGCCAUAUUGACCGUGGGUGUCGACAAGUCAUGGAGGCAUCUUGCAACCGACCAUUUGACGGAGUCUAGCCUCAGCCUCCUUGUGGUCACGGAGGGUUUUAUUCAUUCGAUUUUUGGGGACACUAUCACGACGCUGAAUGUGGAGACUGAGGUUAUGACCGAGACGUGGGCCCCGGUCCCCGUGUAUAACCACCACAAAUACAAGAAUUGCUACCUGUCAACUGGGAAAGCCCUCACUGUAGUGGUUCAAGUUGAGGAUGGCGUGUUUCGAGUUUGGGAGAUGGUGCGCGGGGAUUCUUAUUAUUGGAGGGAGUUGGAACGUCAGAUUGUGUUGGGAAGUCGAAGGAUGAGGGAAAUUCGAGAGGUUUGCGGUUGCGGGGAUAAAGAUUUGGUUUAUAUCUCUCCGGUCGGUUGGUUGCAGCAGAUGGAGGUGUUGGUGUUUGUAGCAAAGUCCAAAUGCCGGGCUUGUGAGGUCUUUUACGUGGUUAUUGCUACCGGGGAAAUCGGAUGGAUCACACCCAUAUCAAGUAACAAGGGUGGCUUCGUUGGGGAAUUUUAUGAAAUUCUUAAACCAGUUUUGGCUCACAAAAACACCCUUGUGCAGUUGGAGGGGUACUAUUAA